UAAUUUUUUUUUUUUUUUUUUUUUUUUUUUUUUUUUGUGUUCCACCCAAUUCACCUUUUGGACUAUUCCGGAUUCCGGGAUUAAUUUUGGGUGGUUAGGUUCCAGUCCUCUCCCACUUGUUAGGAAAGGAAUAAUACAUUGCAUUGAGACUAAUGAAUAGAUAUAUUAUGGACUUAUGGAGUACUCCAUAUUAUACUUUUGUUACUCCGUUUGUAAUUGCAACAUAACAAAUGGAAUGGGAAAAAAAAUGAGUAUGUUUUUGUCCAAAGCGAGUUUUUUUUUUUUUUUUUUUUUUUUUUUUUUUUUUUUUUUUUUGGUGUACAUUCAUUUUCACGGGAAGACUUUUCAAUUUGUAAAGACCAAUAGUAGACUUUCCUCUUUUUUUUUUUUUUUUUUUUUUUUUUUUUUUUUUUUUUUUUGAAAGCAGUAGUAGACUUUCCUUUAUAAAAGCUCUCUCUCAGUUUUUUUGUUCAAUGCAAUUCUACUCUCAUUUCUAGCCCUUACAAUUUAAAACCUGUUUCAAUACUACUCUAGUAGGCAUGACUUACUCAAAUUAUGCUCUUCUACUAACAAUUUCCGUGUGUUGGGUGUUGACACCACUAAUCACCGGCGACAAAGUAGUGUUACCCCUCGUAAUCGCGCCACACUGUUCAGAUAAGUGUGGAAAUUUGAGCAUUCCUUACCCCUUUGGUAUUGAAGAAGGUUGUUAUUAUAAACCACCACAUAAUCAAACAUCAUCAUCCUUUAAAAUUACAUGUAAUCAUAGUACGAGCCCUCCUACACCAAUCUUUGGUAUAGAUUACAAAGUUCUUAACAUUUCAGUGAUAGAGGGAGAACUCCGCACUAAACUCGGUGUUUCUUACGAUUGUUACAACAAGACUAAGAAUACUGCCUAUUGGUGGAGCUCGUUCAACUUGGUAACAUUUACCCUGUCUAGCACAAAAAACAUGUUAGUUGUUAUAGGGUGUGACACCUAUGCCUGGUUUAAGGGUUUUCGAGGUGGCAGGAAAUACGAAACAGGAUGCAUGACUAAGUGCGUGGAGUUAGAAGAUGUGAUCGAUGGUGAAUGUUCCGGCGUUGGAUGCUGUCAAGCUUCCAUACCCGGUGGGGUAAACAACGUUCGAGUGGUAUUAAACAGCUAUAACAACCAUAAUUCUGUAUACACUUUUAACCCAUGUAAUGCUGCAUUUCCGGUGGCAAAAGAUGCUUAUACGUUUUACCAACAAAAUUUAACUCAACCUGUGGAGUACUGGGAAUCCUUGCAACUUCCUGUAGUAUUCAAUUGGACUAUUGGACAGCACAGUUGUUCAGCGGCGAAAAAAGAUGGGAGUUGCUUGUGUAAAGAAAACGCAGUUUGUUAUGAUCCGAUUCAUGAAUUUGGGUAUCGUUGCAACUGCAAAGAUGGUUAUUUUGGUAACCCUUACCAUCCUCGUGGAUGCACAGAUAUUGACGAGUGCAAGGGAGCGAAUAAUUGUGAGAAAGCAGAGUAUUGUAUCAACACAAACGGAGGCUACCAUUGCAAAUGUCCAAAGGGGUACCACGGAAAUGGAACGAAAGACGAUCGUUGUAUUUCUAAUACAAAGCCUUGGCUCAUACCGGUUUUGGCUACUGGCGGUAUUGGUGGUGGCAUUAUAACUUUGCUCCUUUUCGGGUUUCUCCUGCACUUUAAACGAGAGGAAGCACAGACUAGGAAAACACGAGAAAGUUUUUUUCGGCAAAAUGGUGGUUUACUUUUACAUGAAAAACUCUACGGACGGCGUGUUGAUACAUUAAAAAUCUUUACUAUGCAAGAUCUUGAAGUUGCUUGCAACAAUUAUAGUGAUGAAAACAUAAUAGGAAGAGGAGGUUUUGGAGUUGUUUACAAGGGCAUUUUGCCAAAUAACCAAGUUGUGGCAAUAAAAAAAUCUCUCAAAGUGGAUCCAAAUCAAGUAGAACAAUUCAUUAAUGAAGUUCUAGUUCUAUCACAAAUCAACAACAGAAAUGUGGUCAAGUUACUAGGUUGUUGUCUUGAGAGUGAAGUACCACUAUUGGUCUACGAGUUCAUCAACAAUGGGACGUUAUAUGACCACUUAAAUGAUGCAGCUAGAGCUUCCAUAAUGACAUGGCAUGUACGCUUAAAUAUAGCAUCUAAAGUUGCUAAUGUGCUAUCAUAUCUACACACCACAAUCUCAACACCAAUAAUUCAUAGAGAUAUGAAAUCAAUGAACAUACUCUUGGAUGAAUGUUACACUGCUAAGGUAACCGACUUUGGAGCUUCAAGGUUGAUUCCACCGGACGAAAACCAAUUUGCUACGAUGGUGCUUGGAACUCGAGGGUAUUUGGAUCCCGAAUAUAUGCAGACAGGUGAGCUAACUGAAAAGAGUGAUGUUUAUAGUUUUGGUGUUGUCUUGCUGGAGCUAUUGACAAGGGAAAAGGCAAUUUCUAAUGCUAGGCCGGAAGCUGAGAAAUUUCUCACCAUGCACUUCCUUCUCAAGAUGAAAGAAGGUCGUUUGUUGGACAUUCUUGACAUAAACAUAGUGAGCGAGAAAACUAUUGAAGAAAUACAACAAAUGGCUAAUCUAGCUAAAUGGUGCUUGAUGUUAAAAGGAGAGGAGAGGCCUACCAUGAAAGAAGUUGCAUUGGAAUUGGAGACUAUAAAAAGAAAGGGAUCCCAUCCUUGGAAUGAUGAUGGUUCAAUUCAAGAAGAUUCUGAAUCUUUGCUCGUCGGAAUUCCAAGGUCAGACGACCAUGGUGGUGGUUGUAGCAGUGGUGUCGAUUCUAAUUCAUACGACUCACGCUUGCUCACUUCUUUGGGAAGUGGUAGGUAACUAUGAUUCUCGCGGAUGCUGCUUGGAGUCAUUCAUAAAUAUCAAAUUUCUUUCGUUUAUAAGUUUAAGUGGAAUACUAUGUAAUCAUGUAUGAAAUACAUGUUAUGUUUUUGUGAAGAUUAAUUAAUUAAAUUGUCUCUGUAUUA